GAGGAGGGGAGAGCAUGAGAGAGGGAGGGGAGCGGAGUUGGUGGAAGAGAGGCGAGUGGUGGGAAGCCAGGAGCAAAACAUUAGCCCUCGUUUCUCUUCGUAGUUUGGAGAUUUUCUUGUUUAAUUCCCAGGUCGCAGCUCAGCCGGGACGCGCCGCAGGAAGCCAGGACGCACGACCGGUAUGAUGAAUAGAUAGCGGAAGGAGAAAGAGGAAGAGAAGAUGUCGUUCUUUGGCAUUGACUGUGUCAGGAAGAAAGAGAAAGAGCUGGAGAGGAAACUCCGUGCUAACGACCGCGAGUACAACCUCCCCUUUAAAUAUGCAACGAACGCCAUCAAGACCUCCAAGUACAACCUCUUCACCUUCCUACCUCUUAACCUGUUUGAGCAGUUCCAGAGGAUCGCUAACGCCUACUUCCUGUUUCUACUGGUGCUCCAGGUGAUUCCUCAGAUCUCCUCUCUGUCGUGGUUCACCACUGUUGUGCCUCUGGUCCUCGUGCUGUCAGUCACCGCUGCCAAGGAUGCCACUGAUGAUAUCAAUCGCCACAGGAGCGACAAUCAAGUCAACAACAGAAAAGUUCAAGUCCUUAUUGAUAGAAAACUACGGAGCGAGAAAUGGAUGGACGUCCAGGUGGGAGACAUCAUCAAGCUGGAAAACAACCAGUUUGUCACUGCUGACCUCCUGUUGCUCUCCAGCAGUGAACCUCUCAACCUGGUGUACAUUGAGACAGCAGAGCUGGAUGGAGAGACUAACUUGAAGGUGAGACAGGCCCUGACUGUGACAGGAGACCUGGGAGACGAUAUCGAAAAACUGGCAGACUUCAACGGCGAGGUAUGCUGUGAACCCCCCAACAACCGCCUCGACCGCUUCACAGGAACGCUAACCUACGCCAGUCAGAAAUACUCGCUGGACAAUGAGAAGAUCCUGCUGCGAGGCUGUACCCUGAGGAACACCGAGUGGUGCUUUGGACUGGUGCUGUUUGGAGGUCCAGAGACGAAGCUGAUGCAGAACUGUGGGAAGAGCACGUUCAAGAGGACCAGUAUAGACCGUCUGAUGAAUGUCCUAGUGCUUUGUAUUUUUGGUUUCCUGGCCUUCAUGUGCACCAUCCUGGCAAUAGGAAACUGCUUCUGGGAGCUGAACGAAGGCUCAGAGUUCAUAGUCUUCCUGCCCAGACAAGAUGGCAACAAUGCUGCCUUCUCCGCCUUUCUCACAUUCUGGUCCUACGUCAUCAUCCUCAACACCGUGGUGCCCAUCUCUCUCUAUGUUAGUGUGGAGAUCAUUCGGCUGGGGAACAGCUUCUACAUUGACUGGGACAGAAAGAUGUACUACGCACGGAACGACACCCCCGCCGAGGCUCGUACCACCACGCUGAACGAGGAGCUCGGCCAAAUCAAGUACGUGUUCAGUGACAAAACAGGGACACUCACCCAGAACAUCAUGAUUUUCAACAAGUGCUCCAUCAACGGCAAAACUUACGGGGAUGUGUAUGACUACACAGGUCAAAGACUAGAAAAUACUGAGCAUACAGAGACGGUGGACUUCUCCUUCAACGCGCUGGCUGACCCCCGCUUCGUGUUCCACGACCACUCCCUGGUUGAGGCGGUGAAGCUGGAGAACCCAGAGGUCCACAGUUUCUUCAGACUGCUGGCCCUCUGCCACACCGUCAUGGCCGAGGAGAAGAAGGAAGGUGAGAUUUUCUACCAGGCCCAGUCUCCAGAUGAGGGAGCGUUGGUAACGGCAGCCAGAAACUUUGGAUUUGUCUUCCGCUCACGUACACCAGACAGCGUUUCCAUCGUGGAAAUGGGACAGCAGCGCAGCUAUGAACUCCUGGCCAUCCUGGAUUUCAACAACGUCCGCAAGAGGAUGUCCGUCAUAGUUCGGAGUCCAGAAGGGAAGCUCUCUCUCUACUGUAAAGGUGCAGACACUAUCAUCUAUGAGAGGCUGCAUCAGUCCUGCAGCAAGCUGAUGGACGUCACUACAGAGCACCUUAAUGAGUUUGCAGGGGAGGGCCUGCGUACUCUGGCACUGGCCUAUAAGGAUCUGGAUGAGGAGUAUUUCAACCAGUGGAAACAGCGCCACCAUGAGGCCAGCACCGAACUGGACAACCGAGAGGACAAACUGGACCAGCUGUACGAAGAGAUAGAGAAAGAUAUGCUGCUGCUUGGAGCAACAGCCAUAGAAGACAAGUUACAAGACGGUGUACCUCAGACUAUUGAGCAGCUGUCCAAAGCCGACAUCAAAAUGUGGGUUUUGACUGGUGACAAGCAAGAAACUGCAGAAAACAUUGGAUACUCGUGCAACUUACUGCGGGAGGAAAUGAACGAGGUCUUUGUCGUCUCGGGCAACUCACCUGAGGAUGUCAGACAGGAACUGAGAAAUGCGCGGACCUCCAUGAAACCAGGUGCAAUGGAGGAUUCAGUGUUUCUGCCAGAAAGGACUCUGGGUAAAAGUGUGAAAGUGAUGACAGACGAGGUGGUCAAUGGAGAGUAUGGCCUGGUUAUCAACGGACACAGCCUGGCAUACGCACUCGAGCGCAGCAUGGAGCUGGAGUUCCUGAGGACGGCGUGUAUGUGUAAGGCAGUGAUCUGCUGCAGGGUCACUCCUCUGCAGAAGGCUCAGGUGGUCGAGCUGGUCAAGAAGUACAAGCAGGCAGUCACACUGGCCAUAGGAGAUGGCGCCAACGAUGUCAGCAUGAUCAAAGCGGCUCAUAUUGGCGUGGGCAUCUCAGGUCAGGAGGGCAUGCAGGCCGUGCUGUCCAGCGACUACUCCUUCGCCCAGUUCCGCUUCCUGCAGCGCCUCCUGCUGGUGCACGGCCGCUGGUCCUACCUGCGCAUGUGCAAGUUCCUGCGCUACUUCUUCUACAAGAACUUCACCUUCACCUUCGUCCACUUCUGGUACGCCUUCUUCUGCGGCUUCUCUGCACAGACAGUGUAUGAUGAGUGGUUCAUAACACUCUACAAUCUGGUGUACACAGCACUACCUGUACUGGGAAUGAGUCUGUUUGAUCAGGAUGUGAACGACGUUUGGAGUUUCCAGCAUCCUCAGCUCUACGUUCCCGGUCAACUCAACCUGUACUUCAGCAAGAAGGCCUUCUUCAAGUGUGCCCUCCACAGCUGCUACAGCUCCUUGGUGCUCUUCUUCAUCCCCUAUGCAGCCAUGCACGACACCGUGAGGGGUGACGGGAAGGACAUCGCCGACUACCAGUCCUUUGCCCUCCUCACCCAGACAUGUCUGCUGUUUGCCGUCAGCAUCCAGUUGGGGUUGGAGAUGUCUUACUGGACGGCAGUGAACACUUUGUUCGUGUUGGGCAGUCUGGCCAUGUACUUUGCUGUCACAUUCGUCAUGUACAGUAACGGCAUGUUUCUCAUGUUGCCGUCAGCCUUCCCUUUCAUAGGAACAGCCCGAAACUCUCUGAACCAGCCGAACGUUUGGCUGACGAUCUUCCUCACCUCCAUCCUGUGUGUCCUUCCUGUGGUUACCUACCGCUUCCUGUGGAUUCAGCUCUGCCCCACCAUCAAUGACAAGGUGAUGUUCAAGGUGAGACAGGCCAAAGCAACACCUCCCCCUCCUCCUCGACGCACCCGCAUCCGCCGCACCAGCUCCCGCCGCUCAGGCUACGCCUUCUCGCAUGCGCAGGGCUACGGGGACCUGGUGACAUCGGGCCGGUUCCUGCGGCGUCCUGUUGUGUCGCGAUCUUCAGGUUUCACCCACGUGGGUCGGACCACCACAGGCUUCAGUCCCAUGGGACGAUCGGCUGGAUACAGCCCGACAGGACGCCCCCAGAAUACCAAGGUCCUGGAUGUGGAGGUGACAUCGCUGCAGAUGUACAAGACUAUCAAAGAUCCUGCCCUCUGACAGACAGCAGGUUGAAUUAUGGAGGGUAUUUGGAGAAGAUCUGGGAGAAGGAAUAAUGCCAACUGGACAUCUAUAUGCAGCUGGCAGUCGGAGGUGUUUAACACGCCCAUGUGUACAUUUGUUACCAUGAAGAACAUGCUCAGGCUCUCCAGAGAACUUCAUUACGAAGAUUUAAAAGGUUUGAAAAGUACAUGACUUUUGCUCCAAGCAUUUCAUUUUGUAGUAGUUUAUCAAAGGGAACUACAGCGAAAUGUGUAGUCACUUCUGAUGGGUAUAUGGAUCACUUUCCUUAGAUCAUGAACACUCAUGAUCUAAGGAAAUGCAGAGCCAUUAGAUGAUAGGUUGACAGAUGAAAUCUCUCGGACACUAGAAACAGUAACAGGACGAUUAAUUUUCAGAUAGAAACUACCACAGAAGGGAAACAUUUCAUGAGAAGUGUCAUGUUUACAGACUUCCCAGAUUUUCUUAACCCUUAGAGUCCAGAUGCACAGUGGAGCUUUGUGCAGAGGAUUUAACCAGCAAAGCAUUUUGCAUAAAAAUAUUUUAAUUUUUUAAGUGUAUUUUUAAAGCAUUUUAUUUUCCUAUCUUGAAAGCUGCACAAACAGUUAGCACUUUGGCAGCGUCACAUGGCAGUGGGAGAUAACUGAACGUUUGAAAGAUCGUAAAGGUGUCGUAAACUGCUCCCAACAAACGUUCAUCGUCUCGGCGGCUCGGGGGAGGAGAAGAUAUGGCAAGAAAACACGUUUAUGCAGCAGGAUUCAGCAUUGUUGGCCCAACCAGCUUUUGGCGGACAUUUUUCCUCUUACAGUGUGUUUUGUUUCAUCACUUUCUGUGUGCUGAAAGAAUUUCAUGCAACUUAAAUGAAUUUGUGAAAAUAACUCUCCAGGGUCGUUGCUGGGCAGAAGAGGACGCCCUUCUUUGUAGCAGAUCCUAUUUUUGAUUUACACUCAAAACACAGGGACAUUUAAAUUACAAUCAUCCGUACUGCUGUGCAAUGAGACGUACUUUAUACUUUAAGGGUUUAUAAGUUAUAAGUAAUAGUUUAUUAUUGAUUAGAAAAUAAUAUAUUAUUGCUUUACAGAUAAGAAAUACGCUAUUAAUAAGAACAAUGUUUGGACUGCAAGGCUGUGAAAGCUCCCUUUUGAAAAUGUAUAUCUUGACAGGUUAUUGGGAAGUGAGAAACCUACAACCUACUUUAUUUGUAACAGCAGACCUGAUGGCUAAUUAGGAAAUGAGUCAUGAAGGUCAGUUUUUCAGUUCACUCUGUCAACCUGACUGCAUGGCCUUCAACUGAGAGAGGAAACCAGGCAAAGGGAUUAUUCACAGCCUGGCAGCCCAAACGUUGCUCUCUCUAAUGGCUUUAUCCUGAUCUGUCUAUUUAUUAACUAGUAAUAAAGUCGUCAGUUAUGAUUGAUAAACAAUUUAUAAAGAAUGCCUUUUUACAAAGUGGUACCAGAUCUUCUACAGUGCAGCUUUAUGGGAGCAUGAAAUGUCUAAAAUGUGCCUCAGUUUUAAGGUCUUGGGUUUACAUUUUGAGUUGUUUUCCAAUUAUAGAACCUGCGAGUCUGAGGCCCUGUUCAACUGUAUAUUACGUGGAUAUCGCCAGAUCAUGUUUAAAGGGAUUGUAGUUCAAUACGUGACCCCGAAUGUGUCUUAAAUGCAUCUCGAGUGAUCACUUCAGAUCAGAUUUAGCGUCCCCACCGAUGUUUGAUUUUUGUCUGCGACUGCUGGCAAACUAACAAAAAAGAAAAAUGCACUUCAUCAAACAGCAAGAGAAGUGCACUACGCCGGCUGUGUAGGAAUUAAUCUUGAGUGAGUUGAGUUGUUUGUUGUAGGAAAAUCAACAACAUCUACCUGUGUUUGGGAGGUUUAUCACACUGCACACACACUACAAAGUUAACUGGGUGGCCCUUUUAAUCCUGUCAGGGACACAUUUGGGUUCACAUGGGUCCAGAUGUCCUGGAAUAUCUAGUUCAUCGUCUUCAGUGCAGUUUUUGGAGCGUUCACACCUGCAGUCAGAGUUAACAAUGUGUGAUCAGAUCACACAGGCAACAUUUUGAGGUGUGAACAGGGCCUAAAAAAACUGAUUAGAUAUUUCCCAUGGGGUUUUAGUUGCGCUGAAUUAUAUCUCAUUUUAAAAUCAGUUCAUCAGAUCUGCAUCACAUCAUGCUUAAAUUAUUUCAAAAUCAUGUAUUUGCUUUAGCAACAUGCUGUAUAUCUGAUGAUCAACUUGGUGGUUAACACUAUUUCUGAUCAGCAAAUUAAAAAUGCAGUGUAUCUCAGCUGUUAUCUGGCUUGCUUCCAACAUCUUUCUCUUCGAAUGUUGUAUCAGCUUACUGAAAAUAUGACCUAAUGUAAAUGUUUAAUAUUAAAAGGAAAACAUUUCCUAUACUAUGCAACACAGAAAUAAUAAUGACAAGAAUGUUAAUGUUAUAAAAAAUAAGUUUUAUGCAACCCAGUCAAGGACUAGCAAUGUUUUUAAGUUAAGCAAGCCAACACAUUAUUUUAUACAAUCAGGUGGUUUUUGAAAUGUCAUGUUCAUUGUUUCAGUACAAGCUGAGGAUGACAGCUGGACAUUUGCUUCUGUAGGUCCUGGGAUCAGUCUUUAAUUUAUUAUUUGGUAUGUGAAGGUUUAAAGAAUAGUCCAAAUGGAAGUGGUUUCAUAAUUGUACAAUAAUAAUAAUAAUAUUUGAUAGCUGCCCAUAUUUUUUAUGCAAUAUGCAAUUACUGGUUUUAUUCAUUCAUCAGCUUGAAUUUAAACCAUGAAGACGGCUGAUGGAUGCCUUGUCGUCAUAAUGUUGUUGAAGCAACUGCAGUGUUUGCAUCUGAACAUCUGUGGUACCGUGUGAUUCAGUCAGUUGCUGCCCAGAGUUGAAUGUACUAACCCCUAACCCUGGUGCUGAAACCAAAGAUUUUUUUAAGGCUUUGUGUGUCUUCGUUUACUCUAAAGUAAAAGUGUUGCUCAUCAAACAGAAGCUGAUGCUGGAGGUCAGUGUGGUGAAGCUGGUUUGUACCACUGACAGCACAGUUCUUAUUUACUGUAAAGUGUUCUUUGUGGACAUAUUUCAAAGUUUGAAUAUGCAGAAGAAACAUUUAUUGCAUGUUUGUAAAACUGUUGCUGUCAUUGGAUCUUUGCCCAAAUGUUUUUAAAUCAAGCUCAAAAUCAAAUUUAUGUUGUAUAUUUUCAGUCUUUUAUGGAAUGGUCUGGUAGUUAGUCCAGUUUUGUGUCAAAUGUUACCAAUUUCAUUGUAUUGUGGUCCGUUUAACAAAAGCAAAUUGAGCACUGCUUACACACACAUCACAGAUAGUGAAAGCAAAUAGCAGAUAAAUAUGCAAGUCCUACAGGGCUCUUGCACGCUCAUUUAUGGGUCACAAAUAUGGCAUUUGUUUUGAUUAGUGAAAUGUGUCAUAAUGAGCUCAGUGAAAUGAGCCCCUAAAUCACGUCAACAGAGCUUUGUCUGCAAUAUUAAUGCAGAAUAAAGUCAUCAAGAGUGGCUACUACACAGUCCACUAAUGUUUUGCAAAUCUUUUUCCAGUGUUUCUGUGGUACUGUCCAAAAUAAAUUGUAGCCAUAAUGAAAACUUUAAAUAUUUAUCAAUAUAUUACUAUAAUUAUAUCUCUAGCCCUGAAGACUGAAACUUUAACAUAAGGGAUUUUUGAUAACUAUUUCUCAAAAAUGACAAAAAAAAAAAUCAAAUGUUUUUUAGUACUGCUCUUUCUGAUAACCAUUUUGUACUGCAAUAAAAAGAUCAACAUGU